AUGCCCAUUGUAAUACCGUCGUUUACGAUACUUACUUUUGAAAGCAAACAACGCGCUCGAUAUCACCUCCCAAAAGAGAUUAUGGAGUUGAUCAUUGGGCAUCUUGAUAAGGACAACGAUAUUAAAAACUGUCGUCUGGUAUGCUCAAAUUGGAACUCUAACGUAUACUCCAUCUGUUUCAACUGUGGGAUUAAAGUAGCUCUGGGUAGCGCUAGUAGAUGUGAAAAGCUUAUGAAAGACCUGGUCGAGUUCCCUCAGAUGGCUGCCAAAAUUCGAAAACUAUGUCUUAGCUAUAUUGAUGAGGACCCUAUAGACCCCGAUAUGUUUGUUUCCGUACUGGAUCAAUGCACCUACAUUGAGAAUCUUGAAUUUCGUAUAAAAAACACAGGUCCACAGUAUUUGCUGGCACUUUUUGAUAAAACCCCGCAUAUCUCACGCAUGAAAGAAAUUACUGUAGAGGACGUGGACCUUUGCUCGAGAUCAAUUCGAAGAAGCCACCUUCUAAUCAACUUUAUCUACCGUAAUACAAUAACAGUGCUGGAACUAAGUACUGUGAAAGAUGAAGAAGAUGCUCAGGUUUUCCCUCAUUGGCAAAAAUAUAUCAGCUCAACAGAUACGGCACAUCUAGGAUUAUCGACAACAAUUGAUUUUUUCGGUGAUGGUUUUCAUAAAAUGACCAACUUCGCUUCCAAAUUUCCCAAAUUAAAGGUCUUGAAAUUAGUUCCGGGUUUGCUUUGUGAUGAAAUCGAUCUCACUGCUAUAAUGGAGACAAAUAUCUGUAAACUGAAGACGUUGCACAUUUUUGGUUCUCACCUCCGUUUGAUAAUUUCGGCCCCCCGCAGUCAUUGGCCGGAAGUCAAUCUAUGUAACUCCGUAACCGACCUUGAUGUACGCACAAGGAUGAUUUGCGCAAGAGGUUUGGAAUGUAUAAUGACAUUUACAAAUCUUGUUAAGCUGGCCAUUCAUGUUGACUUCCAUUUAACUGAUUACCGAAACUCCUCUUUCAACGAUACUGAAUCUCACUUAUUGAUAAAUCAAUUCACUUCAUUCUGUAACAGAAUUAAAAUUGUUGACGUCCAUUUGGUGUAUGAAAGUUUUACUGCAAAUCACAAGGUUAUUACAAGACAAAUAGUUUCUCAAAAUGGCCGCUUAAUUGACAUGGAGCACAAAAGUACUGUUUGCUGUAGUGAGCUUAAAUAUUUCUAUUACCUUUAUGAGGUGGAUCUUGCUAGAGGUUACAAUACGAUUGACGAAUAUGAUUCUUUUUUAUGA